AUGUUUCGUCGGCGCACGGUCUACAUCUUUCUCUCUCUCCUUGCUGCCGUGCUUGUUGGCACCGUCGUCGUCCUUUCUUCCAUCUCCUAUUACCUCUCAAUUAACACCAACGCCUACAUCUCCGAGCUCGAGCUCGACGCCCCCAUCAAUGCGUCCUUGCCCUGGAACGCGACAGAGCACGGACAAGUAGAGCUCAUCCCCCGUAUCCUCCACCAAACAUGGAAGUCUGAGACUUUGCCUGAAAAAUGGGUCGACGUGUCCCAAGGCUGCCGAGACAUGAUGCCUGACUAUGAAUACAUGCUAUGGACUGACGCCAGCUCGCGCGAGUUCAUUGCCGAGCACUAUCCCUGGUUCCUCGAGACGUUUGACGGCUACACGUACCCUAUUCAGCGCGCGGACGCUAUACGAUAUUUCAUCCUCCACCACUAUGGCGGAAUCUACCUCGACUUAGACAUUGGCUGCUUGCGGCCGCUCGACCCCCUGCUUGUCUAUCCUGUCAUCUUGCCCAAGACUAUCCCGGUCGGUGUUUCCAACGACCUCAUCUUCUCGGCGGCACGCCAUCCCUUCAUGGAGCAGACCAUCCACGGACUCAUGGGGUUCGAUCAUAGCUGGGUCCUCAACUACCCCACGGUCAUGUUCAGCACGGGCCCCAUGUUUCUCUCCGCGCAGUACGGGCUGUACACUUCCACGCACCCACCCACGCUUGCGCAGCCUGGCGGUGAGGUCCGCAUUCUUCCCAAGUCGCUAUACGGGAAGAACGCGAAACCCGAGGAGGCCCCGCACUCGUUCUUCUCCCAUUACUACGGCAGCUCUUGGCACGCCGAUGACGCUGCGUUCAUUGGUUUCCUUGGAAAAUGGGGCAAGGGUCUUAUGUGGGUUGGGCUCGUC